UGAACUGCAAGAAGCGUAGGAGAGAGACCCCCACACUAUAGCCAGCACCAGCAUCCAUAAGGAGCCUGUUUCCCACCAGCACCAUGUCUCAGCCCGGCGAGGUUAAGAAGAAGAAGCGACCUGUGAUGAAGGAGGAGGACCUGAAAGGGGCGCGAAACAAACUGGGGCUGAAGGGAGAGGUGAAGAGCAAGACCUACGAAGUGAUGGUGGAGUGCGAGCGUAUGGGGAAGGUGGCCCCCUCAGUGUUCAGUGGGGUGCGGACUGGGGCAGAGACAGCCAUCCAACAGCCAGGCGGCGCGCCCAGCGGCAGCGUCUUCGGGAAGUAGCGAUGCGGAGCAGAGACAUCUGUCACAGACGUCAAUCAACACAGAGAGAGACG